AUGACCUCUAUUCUCGGAUUGACUUACGGUGAAAGAAGCUCGUUACUGAGUGGCCCCGAAUUUCUCCAACAUAGCGUGAAAGCUAAAAAGAGGGUUGCCAAGCUUAAGAAGGACCUUGGAAUCCAGGUUAAGGACACAAAACAUUAUCAAGACCAUGACAAGACUCAAGAAAUUGACUCCGAGCAAUAUGAUUCAGAUGAUCGUUACGGACUUAUUCUAUUGUAUCUUGCAGAACGUGAUUUAUCUAAAGCGCUCGAGAUUUUAGUGGUGUCCGAGGUCAGCUCAUCUCGCUCCAAGGAGAAAUUUAUUAUUUCCAAAUUGAAACGAACUGUCGAACAUAUCAAGCAAUUGAUAAUGAUUUCGUUCAACGAACCGAAUAAGAGCAAGAAAAUCGAAUUAUAUGUCUAUCUUGGACUUGCUGAAGGUUUAUUGGCGGUCAAGCAAAAGAAAUGGAGUGUAGCGGCGUACAGCUUAUCAGUUGCCCGUAAUGCUUUGGAAUUUUUGGAAAGUUACACCGAUUAUCAAGAAAACAAAGCAAAUCAUUUAUAUCGUGAAAUAAUCGAAUCAAGAAUCGAUCCAUCUUUGAGAUUAGCAAUCACCCAUUCAUCUUUUGCGCAGAAUGUUAUUGACUUGAAUAUCGUAUCCAAGAUUGUGAUCCAGAAAUCUAGUAAAGAUUCUCAAGAUGAUGUAUAUGAAGAUGCGAUUGAACUCAUAAAGGAGAAAGAUGAAAGCUUCUUGGAAGUUGAUGAAAGCCAAGCUUCUACCAGACAACUAAUUACCGAAGUAACAUGGUCCAGUUAUACUGCUAAAUUACAUAGUUCAGAAAUUGCAAGAAUGAUUAUGGAGGUUCAAUCUAGUGAAAAGAAGAUACAAAACAGUGACAUCUCAUCGUUUGAUCCGGUUUUGAUUGGCUGGAAGGAAACUUUAGAAAGUCAUGAAGUCGAUACUGAAAGAGCCAACUCUAUGGGAGUGGAAGAUGAAGAGGAAAUCAGAGAUCGCCAAAUUGUGUUGACGUUUAUUAAAUAUCAUAUGCACUUUGCCCAAGUCAGAAGAGACCAUGCUUUGAUUGACAGCUUGAAUGCUAAGAAGCUCAAGAAUGACUCUCUAGUGGAUAUUAACCGUGAUAUUGUUAGAAUUUAUGAAAUGAUUUUGUCUACAAUUAGCAAAAUUCAAGAUUUACCAGGUGUUUAUUCUGAUCAGGAUCUAAGCUCAGAUAUUGAAGCUUUGAAGACAUACUAUCAAAGUUUGAAAUAUCAGGUUAUCGCCAAUGUUUACGAGAUUGUCAAGAAGCAUAAGGAGUCUCUCUUGAUCUUGGAAAAUAUAUCUCAGAAGCUUUCUGGAUUGAAGCCAUUGAACAUUGAAAAAUUCCCAGGCGAAAUUUUAAGUAAUGAAAAGCUCGUUAGCUACACUAAACAAGUUUCAGAAUACAAAGUGAAAGUUCAUGUUUUGGCCCAGUUUGAGCAUGAAUCCUCUAGAAACCAAGCUGUGGUUCAAUCAGUUGCUGAUGCUGUUAAUAUUCCUGUUUCAAUCAACACCAUUCAAGAGCUUACGAAUACCAAUAAACUUAUGGAUAUAGAGUCUGUGAAACCAGUGACAGUUAAGCCAGUAUUUUUCGAUCUUGCUUUCAAUUACGUUGGUGAAACAGACCAAAGUGCUCAACAUAGACUUGCACAAAAGAAGAUUGGAGAAACCGACGCUGUACCAGUACCUGACAGUAUCACAACUUCUACUACAGAGAAACCAAAGAAGAAGGGUUUGUUCGGUCUUUGGGGAUGA